AUCCGCGUCCCUGCAGCGUUCAUGGCGUUAUGUCGACGCAUCGUCUUCUCUAAGUCUCCAUUCCCUCGUCUCCCAAGCCCUACACUUUCCUCCCCAAACUGCCCUCUCCCAUCUCUCAAAUUCACUGGCCGACCCCUGCGCAUCUCCUCGCGUGCUUCGCAAUCCGCCAUGGAAGCCGCUCCGCCAGGUUACAGAAGAAAUGUCGGCGUUUGCCUCAUCAACCCGUCCAAAAAGAUUUUCACCGCUUCAAGGCUCGAUAUCCCCGACGCCUGGCAAAUGCCGCAGGGUGGUAUUGAUGAAGGUGAGGAUCCCAGAGGUGCUGUUCUCAGGGAAUUAAGAGAAGAAACUGGAAUUACUUCAGCUGAAAUUAUUGCGGAGGUCCCAUAUUGGUUAACAUAUGAUUUCCCCUCAGAAGUUGGAAAAAAACUUAAGCGUCAAUAUGGAACGGACUGGAAGGGUCAAGCUCAAAAAUGGUUUCUUCUUAAAUUCACAGGAAAGGAUGAAGAAAUCAAUCUUGCCGGAGAUGGGACCGAGAAGGCAGAGUUUGGGAAUUGGUCAUGGAUGUCACCAGAACAAGUGAUUGACCAUGCUGUGGACUUCAAAAAACAUGUAUACAAGGAAGUUAUGGCGGCAUUUUCCCCCUAUUUCCAGUGAAGUGAUCUAAUUUCAGGCUAUUUUAAUUUGAUCACUCAAUUCACUUGGAAUGAGAUGCCAAUAGGAGCCUCCAAUGUGGUACUAAGAAAAAUUUUACCUUCUUUAAUGCAAACUAUUGGUAUAUAAUAUAGGGUUAUACAACCUGAAAUCAAGGUAUCAUGGUUCUGGUUAAAAACAGCAUUGGAUCUGCACCUUGUGGUGAAAUAUAUUGUUGGAUUAACAUUUGCAUUUAUAUGUUCUUUGCUUGUAAGCUUUCAUUUCAAAGAGUUUGCUUUUAUAUGGUUGAAUGGACUCGAAGUUGUGACC